UAAUGAAUCAGGAUGAUUUGUUUUUUUUGAAGGUGUUCCCCCUGGUCACUCGAUCGACGGAACGACUGGUGGAGAGUCUGGCCACAAAGGACCUGAACCAACCCGUGGACAUCAAACAAUUCUUUGGGCCAUACAGUUUGGACGUGGUGACCAGCGCGUCCUUUAGCGUUGACACCGACUCCAUCAACCGUCCGGAUGACCCCCUCGUUGCUCACCUCAAGAAGAUUAUGAACUUCAGAUUGUGGCCGAUAAUGUUACUGCUGCUUUUCCCUGCUAUGGCUAAGCUGUGCAAGUUGUUAAAGGUGGACUUGAUGCCCAAAGCCAGCACCGAUUUUUUCUUCAACAUCAUAAAGAAAUUUAAAGACCAGCAUCACACAGAGCAGUCGGUAAAUUUCCCAGCAUUCACGCAUACUUCCAACAUCUUUUUUUGGUCAUAACAUCACAACAUUAUCCAUGUACC